AACUCGGGUAAUUAGGCUGAGUUAUAAUAGUAAUUUUAAAGGAUGGAUCCCGACGCUUUCACCGCCGGUUUGUUCAGGUGGGACACCCGAGGGGCCUCCGCUGUUCCCCCUCCGCCCACCCGCCUUUUUGACCCACCCAGUAUUGUUUUAUCACCUCUUCCUGCUCCUCCCGUUACUGCAGCUGCUCCUCCUCCGCCCCCUCAUCAGGUAUCGACGAUGGGGGCAGGGGCGUACUCGGUGGGGGUGCGACAGCGGGAUCAGGUUGGGGUUGGGGGACUGGAGGAGUUGUUCCAGGCAUAUGGCAUCAGGUACUACACGGCGGCCAAGAUCGGGGAGAUGGGGUUUACGCCGAGCACUCUGCUAGACAUGAGAGAGGAAGAGCUGGACGACAUGAUGACCAGUCUCUCCCACAUCUUCCGCUGGGACCUCCUCGUCGGCGAGCGCUAUGGUAUCAAAGCUGCCGUCAGAGCCGAGCGCCGACGACUACUCGCUGCCGUCGACCCCACCACCAACAAUCACCCCAACCAUAAUAAUAUUAAUAACAACAUUGUAGCUCUCGACGCACUCUCGCAGGAAGGGCUGUCGGAGGAACCGGUGCAACAAGGAAGAGAAGCAGCGGGGAGCGGCGGCGGAGGGGUGGUGGUGGGAGGUGGGGGAGAGAGAAUGAGAAUGCAGCGGCAAAUGAAGCAGCAGGGUGGUAGCAGGAGUAAUAGUAAUUAUCAUGAUUGUCAGAGGAGGAGGAGAAAUGCAUCAUCAUAUGAGGAUGAGGAUGAAGAAGAAGAAGCAGAUGACGAUGAUAAGGAGGGGGAAGAAGACGAUGACGACGACAUUAUCAUAAACAAUAAUAAUCAUAAUAUGAAUGGGGGAGGAAGAGGAGGGAGCAUGCAUGUGAGGGGGAUGAUAUCGAUGAGGAUGAUGAGAGAGCAUGGGAACAGCAUAAGCAGUGGUGGGGGUGGGAAGAGGGAUGAGAAUCAAGAAGAUGAGCAUGAAUAUCAGAGGCAGAGGGAGCAUCCGUUCAUAGUGACAGAGCCAGGGGAGGUGGCGCGUGGGAAAAAGAACGGCCUCGACUACCUCUUCCACCUCUACGAAGAGUGCCGCCGCUUCUUGAUCCAAGUUCAGACCAUUUCUAAGCAACGCGGGGAAAAAUCCCCCUCCAAGGUAACGAACCAAGUGUUCAGGUACGCGAAGGAGGCAGGGGCCAGCUACAUAAACAAGCCCAAGAUGAGGCACUACGUCCACUGCUAUGCACUCCACUGCCUGGAUGAGGAUGCCUCCAAUGCGCUGCGCCGCAGUUUCAAGGAGAGAGGUGAGAACGUGGGUGCCUGGAGACAGGCCUGCUACAAGCCCCUCGUCUCUAUUGCUGCCCGCCAGGCCCGCUGGGACAUUGACUCCAUUUUUGAGUCCCACCCCCGCCUCUCCAUUUGGUAUGUACCCACCAAGCUCCGCCAGCUUUGCCAUGCUGAGCGCAGUGCUGCAACUGCCACCGCCUCUGCCACUGCCUCCAACACACAUCACCACCUCCCUUUCUAGCAAGCUUUUCCAUAACAGGCCCUUCCAUCUGUAUCCCAGAUAAAAAUUGAGAAUGCAUGUGACAAACAACUAGCUUAUUGU